CCAACAAAAACAACGUAAUCCAUGUCACUGUCAACCAUAUAAAUAAUCAUAUUUUUUUAAAUCAAAAUAAUUUGAGAAAACAUGAGUUUAACAGGAAGAAAUCGUCCUAGUAUAUUGGAUAAACCAUUAAGUAAAGGAAAAGGAGAAGUUUCUCUUAGCUGUUUUGCCCUGUUAUUUUCAGAAGUAGUCCAAUAUUGUCAAAAUAAAUCACAAACAGUUCCAGAAUUACAAAAUAAGUUACAUGAAUUAGGAAAGAAAAUUGGAGUGAAACUUAUUGAUCUCUAUUUUGUUAGAGAACGAGGAGGGAAGAGAGAGAUAAAGCUUUUAAAUAUUUUGCUUUUUGUUAAAUCCACUUUGUGGAAAGCUUUAUUUGGAAAAGAAGCAGACAAACUAGAACACUCCAAUGAUGAUGAAAACACUUACUAUUUAAUGGAAAAAGAACCUCUAGUAAAUCGUUAUAUUUCUGUACCUAGAGAUAAAAGUAGUUUGAACUGUGCUGUGAUGAUAGCUGGAAUUGUGGAGGCAGUACUCACAGGGACAGGCUUUCCAGCAAAAGUGACAGCUCAUUGGCACAAAGGUACUACAUACAUGGUUAAAUUUGAUGAUGCUGUUGUAACUAGAGAUAAAAAUUUAGAAGAAAGAUAAUUGAUCAUCAAGCAUCAAGUGUGCAUUAUUGUGGAUAUUAGAUCAUAAGUGUGUAUAUUCUGCAUAAUAGUCUUAUAAUAAAUGUUAAUUUAUACCUUAUAUUAAUAAAAAUUUAUGUAUAA